AGGACAGAAGGACCGAUGCUCUUCAAGUGUCCGUCGGCCGCCGUUCGCCGUACGCUACUUCGCGAAUUUCUUAUUCUUAAUUUUAUAUUAGCGGUCGCAGAAGCUCCCUCAUUAAUCAUGGAGGAAGAUGAUCAAAAAGUGGCUGUGAUGCGUAAGGCGUUCCAAAUGUUCGACACGACAAAGUGCGGUUUCAUCGACACCCUGAAAAUCUCGACGAUAUUGAACACGAUGGGUCAACUGUUCGACGACGUCGAGUUGAACACGCUGAUCGAGGAAAACGAUCCCGAGGGCCUCGGCAAAGUGAAUUUCGAUCAGUUCUGCAAGAUCGCCGGCCGGUUUCUCGAAGAGGAGGACGCUGAGGCGAUGCAGGAGGAACUGAGGGAAGCAUUUCGAUUAUACGAUCGCGAAGGCAACGGAUACAUCACCACGGCUACGUUAAAAGAGAUUUUAGCGGCGCUCGACGACAAACUUACCAGCUCCGAUCUCGACGGGAUCAUCGCGGAAAUCGACACGGACGGCUCGGGUACGGUGGACUUCGACGAAUUUAUGGAGAUGAUGACUGGAGAAUAAUCAUUCUAGCGGCGAGACGAGAUUCAUAUUACCUGAUCACUAACAAUAAGAAAAGAGGCACCAAAAUUUCUUAAUAAAUAAUUGCGAUAUAAAAGAACUGUC